AUGUCUCAUGCCAUUGGCAAACAGUGGCUAUCGGUUGCCCUCACUUAUGGUCAACCCUUGUUUUUGUGUGACCAAAUACUCAACUUAAAGGACACUCUUCCCCAUGUUGCUGAUGGCUCUUUGACAGUGACAUACAAAUGCAAGGUUGAACUUUGCUCAUUGGCAAAAUUACAUCUCUCAGGCUCUGAUUAUGACUGCUCUGAUGUAUUGAGGCAUCUAUCUGUGUCAUCCACUGCCACCCUCAAGCUAUAUUGCCAAAGCACAGCAGUCUCUGAUGCUGAUUUCUCCAGUAUCCUGACCUUUGUCAGUGGCUUCUGGGAACCAACAGCUAUCAUAUUGAGUGCUGCAAAACCACCCAUCUGCAGUCUCAAAAUCAUGGGCAAUGAUUCAAUGGGCUUCAGUUUACAAGCCUGGUCUACCAUGUUGUCAUUUGAAAGAUUAUCUGAUCUGCUGCCUAUAGUGUUUGAAAGUCCAGUUCGGUCCGGUUUUUUGAUGCCCAGAGGUGUUAACCGUAACCAUAACCGGUCUGCCUUUUCCCCAGAAGUCAAAAGACCAGACCGGACUGCAAAAAGACUGCAGACCGCGGUUUUUUGCGGUCUAUAG